UCUGAGCUCUGACCUCUUUGAAUGAAGACAGGUCCCUGAGUAACAUCUCGGAGAGAUACAAGAGGCCUUGACCUUCUGAACACAGAAUUCCUGACAAUGGUGCAAGAAAGACUGCCUCAAGUUAAAAAGAAGAAGGUCUGCUGGUCCCUGAGGCUCUGGUCAGUUGCUGUGAUUUCCAUCCUACUCCUAAGCACUUGUUUCAUUGUGAGCUGUAUGGUGACCUACAAGUUUACAAUGGACCAAUCUAAUAAAAGACUCUCUGAACUACACACAUACCACUCAAGUCUCACCUGCUUCAGUGAAGGAACGAGGGUGACAGAAAAAGUUUGGGGGUGCUGUCCGAGUCCUUGGAAGUCAUUUGGCUCCAGCUGUUACCUCAUUUCUACUAAAGAGACUGUUUGGAGUAAGAGCGAGCAGAAUUGUGUUGAGAUGGGGGCACAUCUGGUGGUGAUCAAUACGGAAGCAGAGCAGAAUUUCAUCAUCCAACAGCUGAAUGAGUCACUUUCAUACUUUCUGGGGCUCUCUGACCCACAAGGCAAUGGCAAAUGGCAAUGGAUCGAUAAUACACCUUUCAAGCAAAACGUCAAGUUCUGGCACCCAAAUGAGCCUAAUUUUCCUGAAGAGAGAUGUGGUUCAAUAGUUUUCUGGAGCCCUGGAGGAUGGGGUUGGAAUGAUGUUUUCUGUAAUACUAAUCGGAAUUCAAUAUGUGAAAUGAGUAAGAUUUACUUAUGAGUGAAAUUUUAUUCAUUUGUACCUUUAAAAUUUGGACCUAACAUGAAGUGAUAACUUCUUGAAAUGUGACUAUAAUCAUCUUUUUGAGUCUCCCUUUCCACUAGCAGUAGAACGAGUCCUUCCUCCCUUUGUUCUUUCUUUCACUAAUUAGUCAUGAUUUCUUUUUUCAUACGUCCACAGACAUUUCUGUUUGCAGAGACUGUGCUAUUUUUGUCUAUUGGAAGGUUUAUAAGGCAUCACUGUAGGAAAAUUAUCCAUUCUCAAAAUGCCAUGAAAAAUCCCUUUGGUGACAGCUGUGGCUGGAACCGCAAACAUCUAAAGCUCUGACAAAACUUUAGGCUGCAUUUUAAGUGGUUUGUUCUCACGGCUGGCAACUUGGUAUUGACUAUUGCUAGGCACCAGCUCAGCUCCUCGCCACAUGAAAAUCUCCGUAAGGUGACUUAUAUGUGCUCACAACAUGUUGGUCACCUUCCACCUGAGAGAUGGGUCCAAAAGAUCUAGUGAAAACUGCAGUGUUUUAUAGGGUGGGUUCAGAAGUUGCACAUCGGAACCUCUGCCUCUCACUGCUCAGAUACUUCAAAGUGGGUAUGAAGAGACUACCCCAAAGUGUGACUAAGAGAGGCGACAGUUUUGGGGGGUCCUCUUGGAAGCUGGUUAUUCCAACAGGUUUUCUUUUUUUGGUCUUUUUGAGACAGGGUCACCCUGUG